AUGGAGCCCAUCGACCCAAGCCAUCCGCCCGCCAGACACGUAAAACACCACGCCGUCUAUAUCAACCCCGAGGGCCCCCAACCCAUCUUAUCCCAGCUGACUCCCCUUUCGCCCUCAUGGUCCCCAGACAUUCCUGUGAUAUCCACGGCCUCGCUACGCUCCAUCUCCACGGUUUCAACCUCGCCAACACGCGCUCCACCGCCGCCCAACACCGUCUCCCACAUCGCACGCCCACCGCCUGCCUUGGCACAUCCGGACAGACGCACUCUCGCCUUGCGCCUACUCCUCACCAGGCUGGGAUAUCUCGAGAUCUACGACAACUCAGCACGUGUGAAGGGGACCAAGGGAUCUCACAAAAAAGCUUGA